GAUGCCUCCUUUGAACGAAGCAAUGGAAUACACUGAUUUUCUACGGAAAAUUUAAUCUCGGAAAUUCAAAUGACUUUUCAUCAGAUUUGCUUUAUUCAAAAUUUCAUUUUAGUGAGCAUAAAAAUAAAUCGGAUCAUAAAUGAGACAGUAUGCUAGUAGUAACGCGUCUUCCGGCGUUUCACAAUAUACCGUUAGUGUAUGUACUCAACUCUAUGAAAAAUGAAUAAAACACGAUGCAAUGCAACCAUAUGUGCUUGGCACGGAAUUCGAAAUACAUUCAGACCACAUUCGUUUCUAUGGAGAUCACAUGUCAUUCAGUUCGAUUGACGUUCUUUAUUUCGACUAGUUUCCGAUGUGUGAAUGAAUUAUUUAAAUUACACAUGAAUAGAACAACCGCCAGUUUCAAACCAAAUUUCGGAUCGUAUUCUAUCAAUUUUAAUAACAUUCACUGCAAUGUAUUUUCGGUCGUCUUUAAAUAUUUACGUUUGAAUAUCAGAUAAAAUUCCAAAUGAAAAAUGGAGGUGCAAAUAUCGCCGGCUCCCCAGUUUAAUGGCAGCAAUCAAAGUAUGAUCCGUACUGCGGCAUCUUCACAAUCAUACGAACCGACAUCGAAACGCUUCAAGUCAGACUUGACCUUUCAGUGCAUUGUAUGCAGCAAUGUUUACGAUGACCCAAACAUUUUGUACGAACACAUGAAAAUGAAGCAUCAGGAGCUGUACGAAGGCGAAGACGGUGAAAAUGGUUUCGAAAGUGAUUCAGAGCAUGAGCUCAGUGAUGAAGAGUACUUAGAUUUAUCGCGAUUGCUGGAACCAAUUUGUGAACUAAGGCAGAUGGAUGAUGAAGAUGACGACGACCAUGACAACGAAAAUGCACCACAACGGCCCAGUUUGCUUCAACCCACUAACGUAAUUGCACAACUGAUGCAAAAUAAUAUGCUUGGAAUGCCGUUGAACGAAGAGCAACUUCGGCUACAGAUUCAGUUACAAAUGCAGCUACAACAUCACCUGUUACAAUUGCAAGCGAACAAUAAAAACCAACAGCCAAAGCAGCAGCAAAAUGGACAACGAAAAUCGUCGAAUAAUCGAAGCAAAGAAAAAGCAUUGUCAUUACCACAAGGUCCAGGUCGAGGUCGUCGACGAGAGUUACCCACAUUGAAUGGUCAAGCACCACCGCCUGAAUCCUGUUUGUUUCAAUGCACCCAAUGUGACAGCUCAUUCAUAUUCGCUGGCGAUUUGGCCAAGCACGUUCGUUCGCACACACAAAACAAGCCAUACCAGUGCAGCAUUUGUCAAAAGUCAUUUACUCAUAUAGGCAGCCUGAAUACACACAUCCGUAUUCACAGCGGGGAAAAACCGUAUAAAUGUAAACUUUGCACAAAAUGCUUUACUCAAUCAAGUAGUUUGAUGGUUCACAUGCGAUCGCAUGCAACGCGAAAGCCACACCAGUGUGAGGUGUGUGAAAAGGGUUUUGUGAAUUCGAGCAGCUUAAUUUUGCACAUGAAAUCGCACAGCGAAGGUGAUCCAUUCGCAUGCAAAGACUGCGACAAACGAUUCAAAACGGCCACACUGUUGGCGGAACAUCAACUCACGCACACCGACACCUAUCUCUAUCAAUGUUCGAUCUGUCGCGAAGCAUUCAAACAAUCCUGCGAAUUGGUGCAGCACAUGAAAAACCACACUGGUGAUAAACCGUUUGCAUGCAGCAUCUGUGAAAAACAAUUUACUCAACCUGGCAGCCUGAAUACACACAUGCGAAUUCAUACGGGUGAAAAGCCAUUUGCGUGUAAAAAAUGCGAUAAAACAUUCACACAGCAAAGUAGUUUGUCGAUGCACAUGAAGGUGCAUUCGGGCAAAAAGCAAUUCCGAUGCACUUAUUGCCAAAAGUCCUACAGCCAGCAGUCGUAUCUCAGCAAGCACAUGCUUUACCACAGUGGAAACACGGCAUACACCUGCAAAUGGUGCAACAAACCCUUCAACGACUCAGCACAACUCAUUCAUCACGUCACACAAGAGCACGACAAUUCAAACGGUGGCACAUCCAAAGCCGAGUGUAUCAUUUGCCGAGAAGAAUUCACCAGCGCACCAGCUUUACUGUUCCAUUUGCGCGAACACGUGGAAAGAGGCGAACAGGCAACCGGCCUAGAUCAUUGAAAAAUGAAACUUCAAAAUGCUCAACAGAUAGAAUUCAUAAAAAAAUUGGGAACAUUAGUUUCUGGUUAUAGAAAAGAAAGUCGAUAAGAACAAACACAAAGUAUUGAAGAUUAGAAGAUUCAAGAUGGCAGGGAUUUACCAUAUGUUUUUUUUUUACUUCAUUUCUACUUUUUUUUUAAACUUUUACCACUUUUUUUUGUUUCGCAAAAAUUCUAUAGAAUUUCUUGUUCGGUGUACCGGAACACAAUCUAUGUUACUUUUUCUUGGUUUAAAAAAAAGAAGAAUUUCCGUUAAGUUUAAACUUCAUUUCGAAUUUCACACCUCAUUUAUUAUUAAUUACCAAAUUUUUGGAUUUAGAUGAAUAGAAAGUUGAUCUAGUAUAAUAAAUACAUAUAUUUUGCAAUAAAUUGUAAGUAAAUAUCAUGUACUAUAAGUAGUAUUAAUGGAAGCAUUUAUAAUGUAUAAAUUUAAAAAAAACAACCAAAACUCGAAUAUAAUCUCAAUGAUGUGUUGAAUGCCAAAUAUUCACAGCGAAACAGAAACAAUAUCAACAAAAUGAUUAAAGUGAAAAGAGAGUGCACUUGUAAUGUGUGUGAACACAGAAAAGGCCUUAAACAUGAAUGUAAAUUGCAAUUACAGUUGGUAAUUGGCAAUGUUGUAUGAAACAAGAAAUUGGAGUGCCACAAAACUGAAACAAAAUUUGAUCAAUUUCAACUGAUUUCUCAUCGAUUAAUUUUAUAUGUCAUUCGAUUUUUUUUUUACUUUUUUAAGCCAAAAAUAACUACCUAUUUUGUCUAUUUUUUGUUCUAAUCUGAACAGUAUUGCAUUUUCAUUUGUUUACAAAUCAUCGAUAAUUUCCCAAAAUUCCAAAGCUAAUUAGAAUAAAAUAUGAGCUACAAUAAAAAGCAACUACAAUAAAA